UUCUACAUCAAUGGGAUUGAUCUCCGCCAUUAGUCAACCUUGGGAACAUAUGUAUCAUAAUGCAGGGCGUCAAAUUCGACAACUGAGAGUCGUUUUGAUAUGACGCUGAGAAAUAAGCUGACGGAGGUUUUUUUAUCGGUAGUUUCACAAUUAAGUGAUGGCCUUGUCUCACCUUUAACACGUGCAACACGUUAGAGAUGGCACCCGGGGGGGGGGGGCGCUUUCUCGGUGAAUGUGAACGGUGCGCGUUCACGCAGCCAAUACACCCCCCCCCCCACGUGCGCGCUCGCGUUCCUAGCUGCUGCUCAUUUCAAAAAGACUGAAACAGACCGUGAAACCUGAGCGGAGACGCGGAGAAGCAUCUAUCUUAAGGGGAUUCGUUGUUAGACGCCAUGAAGGACCGAACGCAGGAGCUCAGAAUGGGCAAGGAGAGCGAGGAGGAGGAUGACGUGGCAGUCAGCAUGGAGCAUCGUUUUAUGGACGAGUUCUUUGAGCAGGUAGAGGAGAUCCGUGGGUUUAUAGACACUCUGUCAGAGAAGGUGGAGGAGGUCAAGAGAAAGCACAGUGCCAUCCUCGCCUCCCCAAAUCCGGAUGAAAAGACAAAGGCAGAGCUGGAGGAGCUGAUGACAGACAUCAAGAAGCUGGCUAACAAAGUGCGCUCCAAGCUGAAGAGCAUCGAGCAGACCAUCGAGCAGCAGGAAGCAGGCACCCGGACUGCAGACCUGAGGAUACGCAAGACGCAGCAUUCCACCCUGUCGCGUAAAUUUGUGGAGGUGAUGUCCGAAUACAACGCGACCCAGUCGGACUACAGGGAGCGUUGUAAGGGCCGCAUCCAGAGGCAGCUUGAGAUCACUGGCAGGAACACGACGAACGAGGAGUUGGAAAGCAUGUUGGAGAGUGACAACCCUGCCAUCUUCACCUCAGGGAUCAUCAUGGACUCAAGCAUCACCCAGCAGGCCAUGAGUGAGAUCGAGACGCGGCACAAUGAGAUCAUCAAGUUGGAGAACAGCAUCCGUGAGCUGCACGACAUGUUCGUGGACAUGGCCAUGCUGGUGGAGAGUCAGGGAGAACUGGUGGACAACAUUGAGAAGAAUGUGCUGAGCGCAGAGGAGUAUGUGGAGAAAGCCAAGGAGGACACCAAGAAGGCGGUUAAGUACCAGAGUAAAGCCAGGCGGAAGAUGCUCCUGAUAGGGGCCUGUCUGGUCGUGACCCUGACUCUUCUUAUCAUCGCCCUGAUCGCCGGACUUAGCUGAAGAACAAGGAGACUGCCGCACGUGGGCAUUCGAGAGAGACCCCCGCGACGCAGGAGGGGACGUCGCUGCAUAUUCAAGUUGCACAGAAUGUGCAUUUUUAGGACGGAUGGUCUUCUGGAUGAGCGGCGGGACUGUGACCCCAGACUCGGCCCUUAUGGGCCUGAUGACGCAGGACGGCACUCCAAAGCGGAAAGCCCGCUAGCUGCGUUUGAGGGUCUCAUUCAAGUUGCGUAACAAAAGUAAUGCUUCAGGUUUUUAAUUAUGGGAGUAUGAGUCUGUCUAUAAGUGAGGAACUGACAUUAGGGUUGGCUGGUGUCUCGGUGAGGGCAGAGGUACCCCUGGACUAAUUUAGCCAAAAUCCCACUCCUGCUUGGCACUUGGUCCGAAAAGCUGUGCCAAAAGAGUUGAGUUGAACCCUGGUACUGCUGACCCACAGCAUGGUCCGGCUUUCCAGCUGUCAUUAAACCGCCAACAUCAGAAGUGACGAAGAGGCUAAAUCAGCUCCGUGGUUUUGUUAAGUACUUCAGCUGGCUGUGUAAGUGGUCAGAGGGACUGAAUACCUAUGGGUGUUACAGCCCAGUGUGCAGAAACUGCCAGAUAAUCUGGCGCUGGAGUUUAGCUGUGGACGGUUAUGGUACCUGCCCUGACUGGGCUGCUUCAUAGAACAGCUGAAAUUCUGAUCCGACCUCAGCUGUGAACUGGGCUGAAGUCGCUCUGUCAUUUGUCCUGCCUGCCCUUGCACGAAGAGAUCCUGCAUGCCUUUUGGUUCCUGUAAUGUCCUCUCCACCCCAGUCAGAAUAUUGGUGUGGUUCUGAUGCUUGUUUGGCUCUGCAGCUGAAAGAAAUUUAAAAAAAAGAUGAUAGAACAUCUAGACUUUGGUCUUGACCGCUGUCUAAGGUUCCAUUUAGUGUACAUUUCUCCAAACCCCUCUUGUUCUGGUAUGGAUUGGACAAUUAUGGGUCCUCAGGAUCAUCUCAGCCUUGUGGGAUGUUCUACUGACAGUGGAGCUCCUCAGCAUGUCAGAGCAUCUGUCUCUUUUUGAGUAAUCCUGUGCAUGUGACCUUUUUACCUACGCGCUUCUCUCUUUCUCUUCCAUGCUGCCUGGACUAUUUUUUGUGUGGUAUGUUUUUUUUUUUAAUUAUUGACG